ACAGUAGAAGUGGUGGUGUGCAGUGCUAGUUGCCAUGACGACAUGGCGUGUGUCUCCAGCGGAGGGGAGUGUCGGUCCUUCUGUACGUCCAACACGGAGUACUGUCUGAACGGGGGGACCUGUCAGGACGGGAACCCGGUCCUGGAGUGCAGAUGUCCCUCGGAUGUAGUUACAGUAUAUCAGUACUCAGGACCACGCUGCCAGAAUGAAGGACUAAGUGUGUUCAUCAUUGCCAUGAUUGCUGUCGCGUGUGCUCUGGUCUUUAUCGUUGCUGUCGGCCUUGCUGUUCGGUGUUGGCCUCGGGGGAAACCCAAAACUUCUAACAGCGAUGCACAAGCAGUGUUGGAGAGUGCAGAAUCUAAGCAGAAUGGUGUCCCGAUGGAGAACAAGGGAAUAGACAACGCUGCCGCCAACAUCCAAGAGAACGGGACGGCAGCGGGAUAUGAGAAAGCUGUUGCUCAGCAAUAUGAGGAGGAUUCUUGGUUAUAACAUGGCCACUUUGCAGUUUAUACGUUUUAGACCACUGCUACUAUUCAUAUGUGAUGCAAACUCAUUGUUAGAAAGACAAUAUCCAAUUUUAUUAUGCUAAUUUAACAAGCU